GCUCCAUAAGUCACGUGACACGCCGCGGCACAUCGUAGUGACGUAUGUUUUGUUUUGGCGGAAGCCUAUGCUAACAUAGAAGUCUGUUUAGGCCCAUUUCAUUUGAGUGUUUGUUUUUGCUGCUUUGCAAUGAACAAGGGCAAGGUCAGUGGCGUGUCUUGGGUGAAACCAGCUGAGCCGUCCUUUCUGAAGAAGUUUAAAAAUGAUGUUGGUUACAAAGAAGGACCGAAUGUUGAUACUAAGCGUCAGGUGAUGCCAACACUGGAUGAUGACAGUGGGAGUGAUCGAGAGGAUGAAUUACCUCAAAUUGUGGUCCUAAAAGGUGGAGACCUGACUUCAGAGGAAGUGAAAAAGAUCAAAGAAGACAUGCGUGCUGGCUCAGAGAAAGAUGAUGAACCUCCUGCUGACGGUAAAAUCCUUUUCAAGAAACCAGCCAAGCGCUCCUCCUCAGACAAAUUCCAGGGCAUCACUGCCAGCUCCAGCAAAAAGAAGAAGAGUGAUGGAGGAGAGAAGAAGGAGGAAGAAGAGGAGAAGAAGGAGGUGAAGUCUGGAAAGAAAGUAAAAAAUAACAGCCUUCUAUCAUUUGGAGGGGAUGAGGAGGAUGAGGAGGACUAAAUGUUACUGAUAUAUUGUAAGCCAGCAUUAACUCCUGUGACAGAUGACUGACAGGAAUCAAAGUGAUGCUUGAAUUUUUCAUAAUUUGACAAACAGGGAUGGAGGUAAAAUGAACAGACAUUGUCUGGAGUUCAUCCACAGUGUGCAGCCUGUCUAUUCUUAGUUCUUUUAAAGGACAGUGCCCCUAUUUUUGCAUGUCUUAGCCUAUUAACUACAAGUAGUCUAUAUUUGAUUAUUAUUGACAACUGUUUUAUUCAUCUGAGUACACUGAAAUUCAACUUGCAGAGAUUUUAAUUGCUUAAACAAGGAGUCUAACAGUCACAAUUUGAUGCCCUUGUUUUUUUGUUUUUUUUUUAACUAUUAUCAUUGUCACAAACAUGAUCUUGUUUCCACAUCAACAGAAUCUGAUAAAAUAAGUUACUGUUUGCAUUUAUUAAGAUAAGUUGUAUAUUUGACAUUAUUAUUAUUAACAGCUGCAUGACAAAAAACAUAUCUGAUGAUGUUUUGAUACCUGAUGUCUUAGCUCUGGCAAGCUAACAUUAUCAUCAGCAUCAGAUUGUUUAUGUAGAAAAGACCCACCACUCUGUUUGUCUUUUAUGAACAAAAAAGAAACAGCAAACUCUUUUAUUUUAUAUAUAUAUAACACUGAAAUAUCUAAAAACCUAUGGUAAAUAUUGGAAGAUGGUCAACAGUGAUGUAAAAUUCAGGUCAUUUGUAGUUAAUGGGCUAAAAAAAAAAUGGAACACCUUUAGUGUCGUCCUACAUCAUCAUAUAUGUUGUAUUUCUUCUUACAUUAAACACGUAUCAGCAGUAGUUAGUGAGUGAAACAGAGCUAAGAACUCACAUUGUUCAGGUUUCUGCAUCCAAGAACACAGGAGCAGACUGAUGCUGAGCUUUUGCAGUUUGAAAAUGUUCCCUUACAAUAUUGGUUCAAACUAUGCAACUUUAUUUGCUAAAUGUAAAUCAGGGCAACAACAGGCAGAAAAACAGAUGAACUGACUAUUUGCAACAAAAUAAAUAGUUUGCUUUUUCUCUUUGGUAGUCUAAACAUGGGAAGUGCUUCUACUGGUAACAGUGGUCGCCACCCUGUAGAAAACCAGUGAGGCACAAUUUACCAGUAGACAUUUUGAGUAUUUGAAUUGCUCUGCCAAAACCUUGAGCUGACAAGCAUCCACUUACCUUUCCCACAUGUGACUGUGAAGUUUCUAGGAAGCAUGUGUGUGUUUGUUGAUUGCUUUACUGUAUGUGACCAUUUUCAGUGGAGUUCUUCUUCUGUAAAGAUGUUUGUGUAGGAAACAUAAAGUACAAGGAUACUGCAGCUGUGAUGCACUUUUUUUUUUUUUUACAUAUUUGUGGAAACAGCAUCUAAACUUCAGGAAUUUGUAGAUCGAUGUUGAUAGAAGCAUCAGCUAUCAACUGAUUGAAGCUUUCUGUUCCUUUAUAAUUAAUGGUGCUGUUAACAUCAAUGGCAGCUCUGUUGGAAUUUAAGUGGUACAAAUUAUAGUGCCCACUCACAGUGAUAUUGCACCAAUUGAAUUACAGUAAAAAAAAAAAAAAUCAGUUCAGCUAGCUUUGUUGCAAAUGUAUUCAGUGUUUUUUUUUUUUCUUUCCAACAUUCAAAAGAAGCUUCUUCCAACAUCGUUUGUGGACUUGGAAUCAAAUCAGUGACAAAUUGAUGAUUGAUCAUUUUUUCUGUGUUCUUGGUGCCUUUUGCCAUGAAAAGGAAGCUGGUAAGAGCACAGUUACAGGUCAUUCACCCUCUUGUCUGCAUAGCUCCUGGUGUCAUGUAGCACUACAGACGGCUAAUAUGUAGAUUGAGAACAUGUUUGAAGAUGCUUGUCGUUUGAAGGUGGCACUACUGCCUCUCAUACAUAUUAAGAUCCUUUUGUUGCUUUGAGUCUGAAUCUUCAACUCCUGUUUGUUAGUGUGCAUCUAUGGUGUCAUCAGAUCUGUCAUGUAGUGUGGAAGUGCUCAUUGUGGAAUUUUUAAUACAUUCAGUGAUUCACUGAAUGUAUAAAUAUUUUCUAGCUUCGACAAAGGAGCUGUAAGAGUUUAUGUAGAAACAAUGCAUUCUUGUUAAUGCAAUUGUAUGAAUUUUUUAAAAUGUGAUUUGUUUUUAUUGUGUGCAUUUUUUAGAGAAUGGUUAUGGCUGUAUCAUUUGAAAUAUAAAACAUUAAAACAACUGUGCAACA